AUGCAGCUAGUCCUGGUCAUAGCCAUAGCCACGGUUUCAUUCAUGCUUUUUCUUCGAAACACACAAGGAUGGGGAGAGGAAGGACAUUACACUGUUUGCAAGAUUGCCCAAGCUCGUCUUAGCAACAUAGCUGCUGAGGCCGUGAAAGAGUUAUUACCAAAAUCAGCAGAAAAUGACUUGGCCAGUAUGUGUUCAUGGCCAGACAAUGUUAGAAAACAAUUUCCUUGGUCAGCUUCUUUGCACUUUGCUAAUACUCCAGACACUUGCAAUUACCAAAAUGAAAGGGAUUGUAUGGAUGCAAGAACAGGAGCCAAAGGUCGAUGCGUUGUGGGCGCAAUUACUAAUUACACCAACCAGCUUCUUCACUAUGGCAGUAACACAGAAUCUACAUACAACCUCACAGAAUCCCUUCUAUUCCUUUCACAUCUUGUGGGAGACAUUCAUCAGCCUCUACAUUGUGGCUUUCUCUCAGACAAAGGAGGCAAUACCAUUAUUGUUCAGUGGUUCGCUAAUAAAACAAACCUUCACCAAGUUUGGGACAAUAGCAUAAUUGAGAGUGAAGUUGAAAGAUUCUAUAACUCCGACUUGGGAGAAUUCAUUGAUGCAAUUCAAACCAAUAUUACGAAGGUGUGGGGUACUCAAGUUGAAGAGUGGGAGAACUGCAGCUCUGAUGACAUCGCAUGUCCAAUCACGUAUGCAUCUGAAAGUAUCGAAGAUGCUUGCAAAUGGGCAUAUAAAGAUGCCGCCGAAGGCUCCGUAUUACAAGAUGAGUACUUCCAGACACGCUUCCCGAUAAUAAAUUUGAGAUUAGCUCAAGGAGGAAUUCGACUGGCAGCAAUUCUCAAUCGUAUUUUUGACAAACAUCAAUAUACGAUGUCAUUCUAG